GCAAAAAGUUCAGCAAAGGGAGACCUACGGCUUGCUUUCUUUUGAACUCGCUGCCUCCAUUCCCCAGUUGCUCAUUGAACUGCGAGGUGGAUGAAUAUGGGCAACCCGGCCGACAUUCCUGACUAUGUCGAUAUCGUGGGUGACGAAGACGAGGACCAUGCACCGACAAUGUUGACGGCUGCACAACUCGAGUUACCUUGGGAAGAGUUUGUUCCACAUGUUUUUAUUCCGGGCGUUGGCGCAUCUAGUACGCGCAGGAGGGUAUCUGUUCUUAAAGGACUCGCAAAGAAGAUCAGUUCCGAGGACUUUGCGGAUGCACUCCUCCCUGCUAUUGUACAGCACCUCCUCUUGACGGUGCCUCGGUUUGAGGACACGGCCUCGCGGAAAGCUGUUUACGCUGUUCUACAGGCCUUGUUUGAAAAGGCUCAGGCCAAAACUGGUCAGCCGCUAGAUGCGCCGUUCAUGAAAGGAACAGCAAAACUGUUGGAGAGAGAGUUGAAGGGCAACAUCUCGACGAUGGCCCCCUCGAUACUGUACAAUUACGCAUCUUGGACUGCCCGCCUUAUCCGAUUCUUAUUGUCAUCGUCCUCAGCUUCCAAGCCAGAUCUGUCGACCUAUAGCGCGUCAUAUGUGUGGAAAACUUUGCUUGGGCUCCAUGUGACAUUACUUGAUGCAUCUGCGACUUCGGAUGGAUGCCGUAGCAAAGUCAUGUUUGGCAGGACUGUUAUUGCUACAGAAAAGGCUGUGCGGAGUGCUGGAGCGGAGGGUAUCGAUCUGAUAUUAGGAACGUUGUUAACGCCGUCGGUGGUGGAUGGCAAGGAGGGCACAAAAGGUUGUGUGCUCCUUGGACAUUGUCUAAAGGUUGCGAUAGAGAGCAACUAUUUGGAUGUCGUCGAUAAAUACAAGAGCGCCGUCAUUACCUUCUACACCAAAGCUAUCCUACCCUCCCGAGCAGCUGUCCCUGUACCGUAUCUCACCAGCCUGUCUACAUUCUUCCAGCACUACAUCACACCGGACGUUUUUCAAGAGAUCGUUGCGGCCGGUGAGCGCUUAUUGCUCCGGUCUCCGGAAGUUGUUAUUCGAGUUCUUGAUCACACUGUCCGCCACGUGCAAUUUGACCUCAGUAGUAUUUUCCGCGCAAAGUUUGCUGAUACGUUGCUCAACAACAUGAAAUCGACGAAUGAGGUUGUUCGCUUUGAUGCAGCGAAUUUCUUCCAGACGCUCUGUUCCAAGAGUGCCGACGAAGGAGAGCUUGCGAAGGUUGUAGAUGUUGCUAUAAAGGCUUUUGGGAGCAAGGCACCUUCUGCUGAACAGAGACAAAUGUAUUAUACCGCAUUAUCCCAAAUACCAACACUCCCUGCAGUUUCUCGGAAAUUGAUCGAGAGUGCACCUACCCUCUCCACUAAAGAGUCAAACGAGACUUCCUUACACGUGUUAUUCCAAGCCUUAGCCCCGCAUGUUCAUGGAUAUUUAACAUCACCGUCGCCCGAUGCAAAGGUCGUCACCUCCCUCCUGCAGUAUCUAACAUCUGGAGUCAGCGACGCGAAAAGUGGAACGCGGCGAGCAUUUUUGGGAUUAUUGGCAAAUGCUGUCAAGGGUGGUGCUCUAGUGGCGGUGCAUGAUGGGCUUUCGAAACUUGUUGAUGCUGUCAUCAAGAUUGUUGGGAAAGUGCAGGCGGCUGGAGUAGCGUUGCUGGAUCCGAAGAAGGAGACUCCCGCGCUCGUCGAAGGAUACUAUGGCGUGGGAUGGCUACAAGAGGUGGUUCAAUGGGAACGUGGGCAAAAGAAAGUUGUCGUUGGAGCUGAUUUGGAGAAAACGUCCUUCUUCGCCAAUCUCCUUACUUCCCCACCGCAAAAAUCAUUCUUACUAAACGACAAGUUUUACACUAAGCUGCUACCAACAGUCGAUGAGCAGCGACAGUUUAUGCGCGUUGUUAUUGCAAUCGUUGAGAACGACGAAUGGUUCAAUAUGGCAGGCGCAUCGGAUAGUACGAAAAACCAGCUCUCCUUGGCAGCAGCUCUUACAUGGGGGUUGGUCCAGUCUGCUCACCAUCAAAUCCGUCGGGAAACGUAUGCGGCCGUGUCGCGGAUGGUAAAGACAAACAACGUCGGGCUAUUGCAGCGUUUGGUGAGAUUAGUACGACUCGGCCUUGGCAAUGUUAUUGCUGUUACGGGAGUCAAGGCACGGGAUCCUCUCGGAUGGAACGACAAACUUUCAAGAAGUUCUGAAAAGUUUGGGCAUCGGGCUUUUGGUGCGCUUUGUGCAGUCUUGCCAUCCGCCUCAGAAGAGGAAGACCAUACUGUCGAAUGGCGUCAGGCCGUGGAGAAGAGUCUAAUGGACCUUGCUGUUUUGACUUGUCAUUCGUCAAUUACUGAGGUUAUGGGGGAGGAUAUCUGGAUCCGACUGUGUUUCCGCGCCGCUUUGGGACCUCACAUCGUGGACGAAUAUGGCGGGAUAUACAUCAAGAAAUGGUUGACCCAGGACCAAUGUGAUGAUGUGGGCGAAGGAGGACUCGGAGAACUCGUCCCCGACACUAUUCGACAGGCGACAUUGUCCGCAUUGGUUCUUUUCACUGACGUUGCAACGGAAGCCGUUGUUCGGGAAGCGAUUCCGUGGUGCUUGGCGAUUAUGGAUAAUGACGAUGUCAAACAGGUGACUCCGACAGAUGUAGACAUAUGGGCAACACCAGAGGGCACGCUCUUCCAUGAUCCGACAGCGAAAAAGGGCGCGGGACGAGCGGAAGAUCGACCGAGAACAGCUGAAGAGAAAUGGGAGCGGGAGCUGAGAAAAGAGCUGGAAAAGAAAGGGAAAGGGGGUGCGAAAUCAGAAAAGCUGAGUAAGGCCGAUCGUGAACUCCAGCAACAGCAAUUGGAGAAGGAGAGCCAAAUCCGUCGGCGCGUUGGGAUCAUUCGUCGCAAGGUUUUGACCGGCCUGGACGUGCUUGAUGCUGUAAUCGACGGAGUGAGGAAAAGUGUCGGCGAAGAAGCACGAGAAGCGUUUGGCCAGUCGGUUGGCGAUGUGGUACGUGUGCUUUUGGGUGAAGUGAUCACGAGAGAGUUGGUUGUAGCCGGGAAGACAUCAAAUGGAUCACUAGGCCCAGUAUUAGCGGGGAAAAGGGCUAUCGAUACCUUUGCCAACUUGGGAGUUGUGGUGGGUAACAGACUGGAUGGAUUGGUGGAGCCACCAACUCUUGCCAUGGCAAUCUUGAGAGCCAUAGGAGUCAUUGAAGGGAAUGAAGGUGUAGAGCAGAGAUUCUGCAAGCGGAGUGUUGCAGACUUUGCAGCCAAUGUGCUGGGCAGCUUGAAGGAGCUUUACUCUGUUUCAGAUCUUUUCGAGCCACCAACAUUUGCCUACCUCUUUCCACUUCUCCGUGCGAUCGUUCUCCGCCAAGGCCGAAUCGGAACUUUGAACGAGCGAGCCGUCACUGACUUGGUCAUGACCGCCUCUGAUGUCCUUUUAGCCCAUUGUGGUCUCGCGUCUACACCCGUUGUUCCUCGUCGUGAAAUGCUGAGGUGCUUGUUAGAAAUGCUGGGACGAUACCCCCGGUUGCGCGGUGCCGGGCGGGAAGGCCUUUUGACUUUGGCUUUUGCGGUCGGUGCUGGUGACCAUGAUGAGGACGCCGACGAGAAUGGUGAAACAACGAAUGGUGAUUCGGCUCAAACUGAUGUGGAAGCUGUUGUUCGGGAACUUCUUGAUGGUCUUUUGAGCUCAGAGGAAGCUGUACGCGAGAGUUGUCUUAUGGCUCUAUCGCAUCUUCCAGUUCCUAGCGGCAUUUCGGAUCUGUUUGAUGUCAGAGUAUGGGUGGCCAAGUUUGAUGAAAUUGAGGACAUCAGGAAACAUGCGGACGCGCUGUGGGAUGAAUGGAAUGGUGAUUCGACCAUUGAGUUUGAGGGUGUUCCGAGGCUGGUCGAGCUGGCUGUGUACAAGGUUGAAGCAGUACGCACAAGUGCCGGUCGCGCGCUAUCGGGUGCCUUGAAAGAAUACCCAGACGCAGUUACAGCAACGUUGGAGGAUCUUUAUCGCACUUAUACGGAAAAGGUUGCAAUUCCCGAACCUGAAUAUGACGAUUACGGGAUGGUAAUACCAGAGUCGCUGAACAAACCUGAUGAAUGGGAGGCUCGAGCUGGCGUCGCUUAUGCGUUGCAAUCAUGCGUUCCUGUCAUCACGGAUCUGGAGCCCAUUCAAAAGCUGUUCCAUUUCUUGAUUGAAGGCGAGGCUCUGGGGGACCGAAACGAAAGAGUGCAGCGGCUGAUGCUGGACGCGGGGUUAGCGGCGGCGAAUGCUGGCGGUAAAACCCAUGUACGAGAGUUAUUGGAGGUCAUCGACAGUUAUCUUUCGAAGCCCGCUAUGGCGUCGGAAACGCACGAUCGGAUCCGAGAAUCGUGUGUCAUUCUUUUGGGCACAUUAGCACAGCACUUGGAACCGACAGAUCCAUUGAUUCCCGAGGUGAUUGCCAAGUUAAUGGACACUCUCAAAACGCCAUCAGAGACUGUGCAAGUCGCGGUGUCGGAAUGUUUACCUGCUCUCGUCAAAGUCAACAAGCAGGGCGCCCAAAAGCUGGUCGAGCAGUUAUUACAUCAACUAUAUACGUCGCAAAAGUACGGUGAACGACGAGGUGCAGCUUAUGGUCUGGCGGGAGUUGUCAAAGGAUGUGGAAUAUCAUCUUUGAAAGAUUACCAAAUAAUGUCAAGCUUGAAGGAGGCUGUGGAAGACAAGAAACGGGUCGAGAAGAGAGAGGGGGCACUUUUCGCCUUUGAGACGCUUUCGCAAACCCUCGGGCGAUUGUUCGAGCCGUACGUCAUUCAGAUCUUGCCGUUGUUGCUUGUUUGUUUCGGUGAUAAUAGCCGCGAGGUUCGGGAAGCGACUGAGGACGCAUGUCGUGUCAUCAUGUCAAAACUCUCAGCACAUUGUGUCAAACUGGUUUUGCCCAGUCUUUUGAAUGGACUGGAGGAUAAGAAUUGGCGGACAAAGACUGGAAGUAUUGAUGUGCUUGCCAGCAUGGCCUUCUUGGCACCGAAGCAGCUCAGCGUAAGUCUGCCAACUGUGGUCCCCAGGCUUUGCGAUGUCCUGGCGGAUUCACAUGCCAAGGUUCAAGAAUCUGCAAAACAAGCUUUGAACCAAUUCGGAAAUGUGAUCAAAAAUCCUGAGAUUCAAGCCCUCGUCCCUGUGCUGCUGGCGGCUCUUGUUGAUCCAAACGGCAAGACCAGCGCAGCCUUAUCAGCACUGCUAGAUACGGCGUUUGUGCACUAUAUUGAUGCACCUUCUCUAGCGCUGUUGGUGCCUAUUUUGCAUCGUGGUCUGAAAGAACGCGGCACCGAUAUCAAGAAGAAGGCGGCGCAGAUCAUGGGUAACAUGGCGAGUUUGACUGAUCCCAAAGAUCUGGUUCCCUAUUUGCCGACACUGAUGCCAGGAUUGAAGGAGGUAUUGGUCGAUCCUGUGCCAGAGGCGCGCGCAACGGCGGCAAAGGCAUUCGGAAACAUGGUCGCAAAGCUCGGGGAGGACAAUUUCCCUGGGUUGGUGGGCGAACUUCUUGACACCUUGAAGAGCGAUACUAGUGGGGUAGACCGUAGCGGUGCUGCACAAGGGCUUAGUGAAGUCAUUUCUGGGCUUGGUCUGGAGAGGCUGGAAGGUCUUCUACCAGAGGUUGUUGCCAAUGCGGACAGUCCAAAGGCGUACGUUAGGGAAGGAUUCAUGACACUGCUAGUCUACUUACCUGCCACACAUGGCGAAAAGUUCCAGCCAUAUCUGGGUACUAUUAUUCCAUCGGUGUUGCGGGGGUUGGCUGAUGAAAGCGAACCUGUGCGAGAUGCCUCUAUGAAAACCGGUCAGAUGAUUGUUCGGAACUAUGCUACAAGGGCCGUGGAUCUUCUUCUUCCUGAGCUUGAGCGAGGCUUGUUUGACGAAAAUUGGCGCAUAAGGCAAAGUUCCGUUCAGCUUAUGGGUGACCUCUUGUACCGUAUUGCGGGUGUAUCUGGCAAGGUUGAGCUGGAGACGCCAGAAGAUGAAGGUCUUGGUACGGAACAUGGACGACAAGCUCUUGUCCACGCUUUGGGCAAGGAACGAUUCGACAAGGUCCUUGCCAGUUUGUAUGUUGCACGUGCGGAUGCAAGUGCCAUCGUCCGACAAGCAUCUUUGCACGUCUGGAAGAGCAUCGUGUCUAACACGCCCCGUACGCUCAAGGAGAUCCUACCAAUCAUGAUGGACAUUCUUGUAGCGAGUCUCGCGAGUGAGAAUGUAGACAAACGUGGAUCUGCUGCACGGUGCCUGGGAGACCUUGUUCGCAAGUUGGGUGAGAGCAUUCUGAGCGAGUUGCUCCCGAUUUUGGAGAAAGGUUUGGAUUCAGACCGUGAAGAAAUUCGGCAAGGUGUCUGUGUUGCUAUGACGGAGAUCAUGGCGUCUGCUGGAAAGACCCAGGUCGUGGAAUUCGUUGGCGAUUGUGUGGGACUGGUCAGGAAGGCGUUGGUGGACGAAGAGCCGGAGGUUCGGGAAGCUGCAGCCCAGGCGUUUGACAUGCUCCACCAGCACAUGGGCAAACAAGCCAUUGAUGAGGUUCUCCCGAGUCUUCUCAACAUGCUCAAAGCCGGCCCAGAAACUGAUCGCUCCAGCACUUAUGCUUUGGAAGCCCUUAAGGAAAUCAUGGCUGUGCGAAGUAAUGUUGUGUUCCCCGUUUUGAUCCCUACUUUGAUUGCUCGACCUAUCAGUAGCUUCAAUGCGCAUGCGCUGGCAAGUCUGAUCACUGUUGCGGGACCGGCAUUAAACAAGCGACUGGGUACCAUUCUUCCUGCUUUGAUGGAUGCCGUCGAAGGAAGCGAGGAUGCUGUCGAGGAUGUUAGGGAAACAAUGAAUGUGCUAUUAGUAAACGUAGAUGAAGAGGGCGUCCAUCAGCUGAUGAUGCUGCUCACGAAUGCUAUCAACGAGGGCAGCCCCGAGAGAAAGCGAGUUGGCUGUGAAUGUCUGAAACUCUUCUGCGACGGAAAUCGUGAGGUUCUGGAUGCCGAGUACAUUGGUGAUUGGAUUGAGCUUUUGGUUGCCAUGUUGAGAGGUGGAAAGAAGGGCGAAGAGGAUCUUGUAAAGAGUGCUUGGGCGGCGUUGGACUCCAUUAUCAAGAGACUCAAAAAGGAGGAAAUGGACAGAUUUGUGCAGGUUGUUAGAAGGGCAGUGAGGGAUGCGGAGGAUGGGCUGGAUGAAGGAGAGGUUUUGGAAGGCUUCUCAUUGCCCAAGGGAAUAUCACCUGUACUGCCCAUCUUUUUGCAAGGACUCAUGUAUGGAAGUCCCGACAAUCGCGAGCAAUCGGCACUUGGAUUGGGUGACCUUGUCCGGCGCACUUCUGCCGAUGCGCUGAAGCCCUUCGUGACUCAGAUAACCGGACCCCUCAUUCGUGUUAUUGGAGAUCGGUUCCCUCCUGGCGUGAAAUCUGCAAUUUUGAUGACAUUAGGGCAACUGCUUGACAAAGUUUCCGCAAUGCUCAAACCCUUCCUACCGCAGCUUCAAAGAACCUUUGUCAAAUGUCUAUCUGAACCGAGUAGCGGCAUGGUUCGGGACCGCGCGGCUCGAUGCCUAACAUCAUUGAUCGCGCUUCAGACCAGAUUGGACCCACUGGUAGCAGAGCUUGCGCAAGGUGUCCGCGGUGCCGAGGACCGUGGUGUCCGAGAAGCCAUGUGGGAGGCGUUGUACGGCGUUGUCAAAGGGGUUGGAGGGCCUGGACGGGACCUGAAUGCCGCUAGCAACAAAACGAUUGAAGGACUUAUUACCGAGGGGAUAAGUAUGAGCGGGGAGCAUGACGAUGGAAUCCGUGAGGGUGCUGCUAAGGUCUUUGGUGCCUACUGUAGAUAUGUUCCAAAGGAAGAGUCGAGAGCACUCGUAACCUCUCAAAUAUUAGGAACUGGAUCGGAUGCGCCAUGGUACCGGUUGGCAGGAGCAUUACAAUCGUUGUCGUGGGUGAUGACAGAUGCUCCGGAACUGAUACACCAGCUCGAACUAACGGACGAAGUUGUCCAGCUUGUUCUAAUCGGGCUUGCGAAUGACAAGCCACAAGUGAUGGAGGAGGCAGUCAAAGCAGCCGGAAGAAUGCUCUCAAUUCAGGAAUAUGUGGCGGAAGGUAGUGCAGACAAGUUGCUUCCAGCGUUGGUAGGCGUUCUCCCAGCCGGGCAGGCAUCAAAUGAUGCACGACGCGAAGUGGAGGUCGUGAUCAAGAAUGUCGCGAAACAAUCACAUCAGGUUGUUGCCCCUUACUUGUCAACAAUUGUACCGGCUCUAAUGCUGUGUGUUCGUGACCGGAAUAUACCCGUCAAGCUUGCAGCCGAGCGGGCACUGCUGCACGUAUUCGAAAUUGGGAAGGGAACGGAUGUACUGCAGCGAUAUCUUGGUACACUGGAUGCCCCAAGCGCUAGAAAUAUUGGGGACUAUGCUAGACGGGUUCUGAGUAAAUUGGUGGAAAAGGAUAGCGAUGACGAAGGGGAUGUGUAUUAGUGUUGUCAUGCAUUGUAACUAUGUAGAUUCUGGUUUCAUUUAUCAUUUAUGUAGCAAUACAGUUGCGUAGGGUAUGGCCGCUCGCUCUGCUCUA